AUGCUCCCUUCGUGGUCCUUUGCCAACAUCUGCUUCUUCCAGCCUCCUGCUUUCCUGAUGAUUGGCAUCCCAGGCCUGGAGGGCAUUCAUGGCUGGAUCUCCAUCCCUUUCUCCUCCAUGUACACUGCGGCCCUCACUGGAAACUGCCUGAUCCUCUUGGCUGUGAGGAGGACCCCCAGCCUGCACCAGCCCAUGUACUACUUCCUGUCCAUGCUGGCCCUCACCGACGUGGGCCUCACCUUGGCCACAAUGCCCAUCACGCUGGCUGUGCUCUGGUUUGACCAUCGGCUCAUCAGCUUCAACGCCUGUCUGGUCCAGAUGUUCUUCCUCCACUUCUUCUCUGUGGUGGAGUCCUCGGUGCUCCUGGCCAUGUCGUUUGAGCAUUUUGUGGCCAUCUCCAACCCCCUGCGCUAUGCCUCUGUCCUCACGAACAAUGUCAUCAUCAGGAUUGGGCUGGCCACUGUGGCCCGUGCUACUUUGGGCCUCUUCGUUGUGCCGUUUUUGAUUAAGUGUCUAAACUUCUGCCCUGGCAAUAAUGUCCUGUCUCACUCAUUCUGUUUCCAUCCUGACGUGAUGAGAAGAGCCUGUGCUGACAUCAGCAAAAUACACUAUGGGCUCUGGGUGAUUGUGUCCACUGGGGGCAUGGAUUCCCUGCUCAUCGUCCUACCCUACACUUUCAUCCUGUGCAUGGUCCUGAGUCUAGCCUCUCCCAGGGAGUGCAUCCAGGCCCUCAGCACCUGUGCCUCCCAUGUCCUGGCUGUCUUUGUCUUCUUUAUUUCAGGUGUCACCAUGUCCAUGAUCCACCAUUUUGGGAGGCACCUUCCUGCUGUGGUACGCGCCCUUGUUUCCUACGUAUAUCUGGUGGUGCCCCCUGCGCUCAACCCCGUCAUCAAUAGUGUCAAGUCCAAGCCUAUCAGGGAGGCCAUGCUCAGGAUGCUAAGGGAGAAAGACAGAGGCUGA